GUGUUUUUUUUUAAUUUGAGAUUGUGCUAUAAUGGAGCAAGUUCAGAUUAGUUUAAACUCUAUACCACCUUUUCUGGCUAAGACUUAUAUGAUGGUCAGUGAUCCUACAACUGAUGCCAUUGUUUCAUGGAGUGCUACCAAUAGAAGUUUCGUUGUUUGGGAUCAACCUGAGUUUUCGAAGGAAUUGUUGCCUAGAUUCUUUAAACAUAACAACUUCUCGAGUUUUGUUAGACAGCUUAACACCUAUGGUUUUAGUAAGGUUGGUCAAGACCAAUGGGAAUUCUCAAAUGAAGACUUUGUAAGAGAUCAACCAGAUCUCAUGAAGAAUAUCCACAGGCGCAAACCAGUUUUUAGCCAUUCUGCGUCUAAUGCUCAUAGGCAACGCGCUGCGACUUCUGGUGUUGUUGCUGUUGCUCCAUUAACAGAAUCAGAACGACGAAAUUUCAAAGCUCUGAUAGAAAACCUUAGACAUGAAAAAGAAGAGCUACUUAUGGAACGUCAGAGGCAACAAGAGGAGGGGAAUCAAAACGAGAUGCAGUUACGUUCCUCGAAGGAUCGCUUGCAGCAGUUGGAACUAAAUCAACAAACUUUGCACUCUUCCCUUGGUCAAGUGCUGCAGAAAUAUGCGGAAGAGGCAAGUCUCCUGCCAUCUACAGUAAAUACGGGGACAAAACGAAGUUAUCUGGGAAAUUGUCCCUAUAAAAAUUUAGCAAGCAUUAAACUUCCGAAGGAAACUUCAGAAGAGUUAUCUAAAGCGAAUGUUGAGAGUGCGUCCAUUCUCAGUAUAAACAUGGAGCGAUUGGAUCUGCUCGAGUCAUCAUUGGCGUUUUGGGAGAGUCUUACAAAAGAAGUUACAGACACAUCUUUUGAAACUGGUGCAAAGUUGAACUUUGAUGAUUUUAUGAAUCCUCCACAUGGUCCCGGAAUGUCUCGUGCGCAACUAGAUUUUGAAGUUCCGCCCGAGUCAUCAAGAAACAAAACUAACUCUCUGCCAGAUUCAGCCGUUGUUCCUGAUCCUGAUCCAGUAGAACUCGACUUGGAUGAAAUCUUUAUUUAUGAUCCUAUUGUACCAGAGCCAACUGCUAUUGCGGUUCCUGAUCCAGUUGCACCUGUGCCGAUUGUUACCAUUGUUCCUGACUCCACUACACUGAAAGAGCAACUUGUCGGAACAAUCCCAGGUGCCACUGAAUUUAAUACACCAUUUUGGCAAAAAUGCUUGGUGGAAGAUCCUUAUGAGUUUGAAUCAGAAAAUCCCCGUGAAAUUAGAAAAUACUGCUGGAGCAUCAAGGAUCGAAAAAACCCUUAGUCGAAAUUGAUUAUUCCUAUUAACUUUUAAUGCUUCCAAAAUAAAUGUAAUAAUUUUAGGUAUGCAUUGUUGGCUAUGCUAUGUAUGCCGGGAGGGAGGUAGAUAUAUCAAAGUGUGGGCAAGUGCCACCACUAAUAAUUUGAUUAUCACUAUAUCUAUAAUAUACUACUAAAUAGGUUUGUUUAAAUAAUAUAGUGUCUUUUUAAAACUAAAUCAAGAUAUAUUCAGUAAUUUUCACUUCAA